UCCAUUAAUAUACAGUACACUGUCCAUGGAAAGAAAUUGGCGACUGAGAAGCACAGUGAAUAUAAUGUCACUACGAAGGUUGUAUAUAAUGUCCAUAAAAGUUCUACAAGCAAUAAACCAAAAUUCCCCUGACAAUUUCUCUUAUUAAUUGUCCAAAACCAUGAUUUUCCGAUUCAGCAUCCUCUUUACUCUUCUGGUAUUAGCCAGGCCAAAAACAUAUGUUUUUGCAUUUUCGAGCAAUGACACUGAUCAGCAAGCUUUAUUUUCUUUUAAGGCUUUUAUUAAAGCUGAUCCAUUGGGUGUCCUAGACUCAUGGAACAGUUCCGUCCAUUUCUGUCAUUGGACAGGCAUUACAUGCAGCCGCAGGCGACAGAGAGCAACAGUACUCGACCUCUCAUCACUAAACUUGGCGGGUACAUUGUCUCCUCAUUUGGGAAACUUGUCAUUUCUAAGGACAAUUUACCUCAAUGAGAACAACUUUCAUGGCUCGAUUCCAAAUGAAAUUGGUCGAUUGUGGCGCCUACGAAAUCUUGAUCUGGCAAACAACUCUUUUCAAGGUGGAUUUCCUGCCAAUCUGUUACAUUGCAGAGAAGUCAAAUACAUCGAUUUGGAAGGCAACGAUCUUGAAGGGAAACUACCCACUGAUUUUUCUUCUUGGUCUAAGCUUGAUGUGUUUGUUGUUAUGCUCAAUCAUUUUGAUGGAUCCAUUCCACCUUCAAUAGGAAAUAUAUCAUCUCUUCGUGUUCUUUAUCUAUCUUCUAAUAAUCUAGUUGGCGAGAUUCCUCUGGAACUGGCUCAUCUUGCAAAAUUAGAGGAUCUUGAUUUGACAGGGAACAGGUUUUCAGGUAUGGUUCCCCUGCCACUUUACAACAUUUCUUCCCUCUCUAUUGUUGGUCUAUCCGAAAAUAAGUUCAGAGGAACGCUUCCAUCAGGUUUAGGCUUCACACAGCUUCCCAGACUACAACAGUUCUACGCUUCAAAUAAUUCUUUUACAGGUCCAAUCCCGCCUUCAAUUGCUAAUGCGUCCAAUCUUGUUAUCUUUGACAUAACUGUUAACAAUAUAACAGGGCCUAUACCGAAUAUUUUGAGUAGCCUUCCUAAUCUUCAAAUUCUAGGACUGGGUCAGAAUCCACUCGGAGAGAAUAUGCGUCCCAAUGACUGGAGCUUUUUCAAUUCAUUUGUUAAUUGUACCAAUCUAAACACAUUGGGAUUACAUGAGAGUGGUUUAAGAGGGAAGCUGCCUAGUUCCAUCGCAAAUCUCUCCAUUACUAUGGAAUACUUGUAUCUGUAUGGGAACCACAUAUACGGAAGCAUACCUCGUGAAAUUGGAAAUCUUGUCAACAUGAUACUUCUUGAUAUAGGAGACAACUUCUUAACGGGGAGCAUUCCACAAUCAAUUGGAGCUCUGUCAAAGUUAGGCAGGCUAGAUUUGAGGGGAAACAACAUUUCAGGAUUGAUCCCAACUUCCGUCAGCAACUUUACUCAAUUAGUUGUUCUUUAUUUAGAAAGAAAUGUGCUCCAAGGAAGGAUACCUACUGAAUUGUUUAACAUCUCUACUCUAGAGCAAGUAAGCCUUGCUAACAACAGGCUUAUAGGGGUGAUACAUGAUGAAAUUAUGUUUCUCUCACAUUGUGUUAACCUUAAUUUGUCUCAAAAUCUAUUCACAGGUCCACUUCCAUCUAGCAUUGGAAGCUUGAAACAUUUGGCUGCACUAGAUCUUUCAUACAACAAACUAACAGGAGAUAUUCCGGCCACUUUUGGCGAUUGUGUAAUGUUGGAGAUGCUAUCUUUGGAAGGAAACCUCUUUAAAGGGAAAAUUCCAUUCACUUUCAAAGCUUUGAAAAAUCUAGCAUAUCUAGAUCUUUCGAACAAUAACAUCACUGGGGGUAUUCCAAGCUUUUUUGUUGGAUUUCGUCAGAUUAUAUUUCUCAACCUAUCGCACAACAAGCUUGAAGGUGAAGUUCCUAAAGAAGGUCCAUUUUCAAAAGUUAGUUCUUUUUCAGUUGUUGGAAAUUUGGAGCUUUGCGGAGGUAUUCAAGCAUUGCAUUUUCUUGCUUGUCCAGAAAAAGUCUCAAGGAAUAAGAAAAAAGCGUUUUCCCUAAGAAUAAUACUAGUCACGGUUCUUGUACCCCUUAGUAUCUUGUUAGCAUGUCUUGCUUUAAUUUAUUAUCGAUGUCGAAAUUCCAAGAAGUCGAAUGACCCCAUCUCAGUAUUGAAAGAUGACCAAUAUCCCAAACUUUCAUACCAAGACCUUUUACUAGCUACAAAUGAGUUUUCUCCGGACAAUUUGAUCGGUGAAGGAAGAUAUGCUUCCGUUUACAAAGGACAUCUUGAAUCAGUGGAACAUUUAGUUGCUGUGAAGGUACUAAACAGUGAAAUACGUGGAGCCAACAAGACAUUUUUGGCCGAGUGUGAAACACUGAGGAACAUUCGUCAUCGUAAUCUUAUCAAGAUCAUCACUGCAUGCUCUAGCAUUGAUUUUAAGGGCAAUGACUUCAAGGCACUGGUUUUUGAGUUCAUGACUAAUGGGAGUCUAGAGAGUUGGUUGCAUCCAGGUCCAUCAUAUCAAAGGUAUGAAAGAAACUUAUCUCUACUCCAAAGAUUAAACAUUUCCAUAGAUGUUGCACUGGGAGUAGAUUACCUGCAUCAUCACACCCAUGCAAGUAUCAUUCACUGCGACCUAAAGCCAAGUAAUAUUCUUCUUGAUGAGAAUUUUGUGGCUCGUAUUGGUGAUUUUGGUUUGGCAAGGUUCAACUUUUCUACUACUACAAGUGACAUCAAUCAACCACAAAUGAGUUCAACUGGUGUACGUGGAACAGUUGGUUAUGUUCCUCCAGAGUAUGGAAUGUUUGGAGAGAUAUCCGCAAAAGGAGAUGUGUAUAGCUUUGGAAUUCUCCUACUAGAAAUGUUUUCAGGGAAGCGACCUACAGAAAGCAGCAUAUUAACAGACAAUGAAAAUAAUCUUCAUGACUUUGUGAAGAAGGCACUCCCUCAAACAGUGAUGGAUAUUGUUGAUCCACGGAUCAUACUCGAUCAAGAAGAACAUGGCAUGACUGUAAAUCCAUCAUACAGCAGGGCUGGCAUUGAGGUAUGCCUGAGAUCGAUCUUUGAAGUGGGGAUAUUAUGUUCAGAAGUGACGCCAGGAGAACGAAUUGACAUCAGUGUUGCUAUUAAGCAGUUACAUGUAGCAAGAGACAAACUUCUGCAGCGCAGAUAAUAACUUGGAUUAGAGUAAAAGUAGGCAUCCUGAUAUGUGCUCUCCUAAAGUGACAAGGAAAAAUUUGUACUUAUGUAUUUCCCAUUUUUCUGUCUUUUUAUACAGUAAAUUUGGAUCUAAACAUAUGUUACUUGAGUUAAAAUUACAAUGCUAUAUGACCAUCAGGUUCCCUAG